UUAACCACUUCCCGUCUGGCCCAUGUACAUAAACGGCCGGACGGGAGCAGGGCAGGAGCAGGUGGCCAUUUAUACACGGCCUCCACAUUCACUGCCUGUGCGCGCUCCCUGGGAGCACAGUGGAACACCGAUCACUGUAUGGGACCUCUGUUGAUCACAGGAACAGUAGUAAACAAGAUGUCACUUCCUGACAUCAUUGCUUACUACGUGUGAAAUCUGUAAAUGAUCACAGAGGUCACAUGGUACAAGGCUAUUCACAACAGCCAUGUGCCAUGUGACAAGCUGUGACCAAUUACAGCUCUCACA